AUGGUUAAAGGAUUUUGGGAUUCCACUCCAAGUAUGUUUCACUCUACUUCUGCCAUGUAUCAGUUUUCUAAGAAGCUAAAGAACCUGAAACUAGUCAUCAGAGAGUUGGGUAGAGAGAAAUUGGGCAAUCUUACAAAGAAAGCAAAGGACGCUCAUACUGUCUUGUGUGGAAAGCAGGAAGCACAGAAUGCGAUCAGAGAGAUCAAAUGUCAAGAUGGCAGCAUUGUUACAGGACAGUUUGGGGUGAAAGCUGAAGCAGAGAGAUUCUUCUCAGAGUUUCUCAACCAAUCUCCUGUCACUUAUGUGGGUACUUCUAUUGAAGAGCUGCGAGAGAUUUUGGAUUUUCGAUGUUCUGAAGAGGACUGCCGUAUGCUGGUGGAAGAUGUAACAGAAGAGGAGAUAUGCAAGGUCUUGUUUGCUAUGCCAUCAAACAAGUCCCCUGGUCCUGAUGGCUAUCCAAGUGAAUUUUUUAAAUUGGCUUGGUCAGUUAUUGCUAAGGAUUUUACAGUUGCUGUCCAGUCAGUGUUUCGGUUUGGGUUCCUUCCUAAAGGGGUGAAUUCGACGAUCUUGGCGCUGGUUCCUAAAAAAACAGAUUCGAUGGAGAUGAGGGACUAUCGCCCUAUAGCAUGCUGUAACGUGCUAUACAAGGUGGUGUCGAAAAUCCUUGCAAAUAGACUUAAGUUGCUUCUUCCGAGGGUUGUUGUAGAGAAUCAGUCAGCUUUUAUAAGGGGUAGACUUCUCUUGGAGAAUGUAUUGUUGGCUUCAGAGCUGAUUAUGGAAGCUUUGGGAAUUCCUGGUCAGUUUAUAAGGUGGAUCAAGCUCUGUAUUACUACUCCCUUGUUUUCUGUCCAAAUUGACAAAGCAGUUAUGGAGAAGAAAUUUCAGUUUCACCCUCGGUGUAAAGCUCUCUCGCUUACUCAUCUCUGCUUCGCUGAUGAUCUUAUGGUUACCGAGCAAAUGUAUAAAGGAGGUGCAAAGGUAGCAUGGAGAGAUAUCAGUAAACCAAAAGCUGAAGGAGGUUUGGGCAUAAGAAGUUUGAAAGAGGUGAAUAAAGUGUAUGGGUUGAAGCUUGUCUGGAGGUUAAUGUUGGGAACCUCAUUAUGGAGCAAGUGGAUCCAGAUUUAUAUACUUAAAAAGAAGAGUUUUUGGGAAGUUAAAGCGAACAGUCAAGGGGGGUCUUGGAUGUGGAGAAAGCUUUUAAAGUUGAGGGAUGUGGCUCAAGAGUUCUAUCAUAAGGAGUCGGAUAAGGGGAGGUUGUUCGAUCUCUUGGGUGAUCGAGGCAUGAUUGAUACAUGGGUGAGGAAAGAUGCAACAUUAGAGGAAGUUGUUCGGUGUGCUAGGAGAAGAAGGAAGCACAGAAAUGUAGCUCUAAAUGAAAUUGAAGCUGAGUUGAAUAUGGUGAAGGAGAAGUUGAGGCAUAAUGUAGAGGAUGUUAUCAAGUGGAAAGGGAAGUAUGGCUAUAGGGAACGCUUCUCCACGUCUGAAACUUGGAUGAUGAUCAGAGAAACAUAUAGUCCAUGUUCGUGGGCAAAGGGAGUUUGGUUCUCUCAUGCGACGCCAAAGUUUUCUUUCAUAACCUGGCUGGCGAUGUUAAACAGACUAGCCACUAUGGAUAGGAUUUCUAAGUGGAGUCUGGGUGUUGACACAACUUGUGUAUUAUGUAAGAAUGCUGUCGAGACUAGAGAUCACUUAUUCUUCCAAUGUGACUACUCCUCUCAACUUUGGAAGCAGCUCACUCUUGGUAUCUUACGUAAUGCUCAUUCAAACAGUUGGUCUGCUAUCAUACCUCUUUUAUCAGACAAUUCUAGGGGAGUGAAAAGUACUUUCUGUGUCAGAUACUCCUUUCAAGCAGCCAUUUAUGCAUUGUGGAGGGAGAGAAACAGGAUUAAGCAUGGUGAAAAGCCUAUGGCCAUUGCUAUAUUACAGAAGCUUGUGGAUAAGGGAGUAAGGAAUAAGCUUAGCUUGUUGCAAACGCAGAGAAGAAGAGGCAUGGUUGAUGGUCUCUAA